AUGAAGUGGAGUCUUCUUCUCACUCUCUUACCCCUAGCCAUCUCAGCUCCGGCUUCAUCAAACAGCACUGCUACAGGAACAGCAGCUGCUGCAUCAUCUACUUCAACGAGCAGUAGUGCUGGUGGUAAUUCAACAUCUACCAAUCCAAGUGUAACGAUCUAUCCAUCAACUUCAAAUGGUAAUCCGGUUGAAAUCACAGGUUUGAAUUUUGAGCAAUUCGGUCAGGAUGUAUAUUUGGGUGUACCAUACGCUCAACCUCCCGUUGGAGAUCUUCGAUUCAGACCACCACAAGAUUAUACAUAUAAUUUCUCUGUAACUGCACAGACUCAACCUCCAGCUUGUCUGCAAGAUCCAAGUGGAGUGUCCAAUGGACAAUCAGAAGAUUGUCUGUUCUUGAACGUGUUCGCUCCUGAGGGGGCUAAUGGUCAGACUGCUUGGUUGCCUGUCAUGGUCUGGAUUUACGGCGGAUCUUUCACUUCUGGAUCAGCUAGUCUAUACAAUGCGACUGCCUUAGAAGCUUAUGCAGCUAAGACCGGAAGACCGUUCAUUUUCGUUGCUCUCAAUUACAGACUUGGAACUUUUGGUUGGCCAUAUGGCUCAGGGUUCGCAGAGAACGGAGCGGCGAAUCUCGGUUUGAAAGAUAUCAAAAAAGGAUUAGAAUGGGUUCAGGAGAAUAUUUGGGCUUUCGGUGGUAACCCUGAUCAGGUCACUGUAUUUGGUGAAUCUGCAGGAGCUAUUGCCAUUUCCUUAUUGUAUUUAGAUGAAAAUAUCAAUACAUUCAAAGGAGCUAUAAUGGAAUCUGGUGCUCAAUCAACCUUACCUCUUGGUCCUACAGCUUCAACAUGGGAAGAUGUAUAUCAAGCUUUACUUCAGGCGACAAAUUGUUCUUCUACACCUCCAUCAGCCUCAACUGCCAACACUACAACUUCUCCUUCUACUCAAAGUAACUCUACAUCAUCAGGAUUCGAUUGUCUCAAAGCUCUUCCUGCGGAUGCAUUACUAAAAGGUCAAUUGACAGUUAAAUCGAACCUUCUUUUCUCUGGUUUCGUUUACGGCCCAAGUAUCGAUGGAGACGAAAUCCCCGAUUCUCCGCAUACCCUUUUAUCUCAAGGUAAAUUCGCCAAAAUACCUUUCAUAUCAGGAAACAACAAAGAUGAGGGAACGGUGUUCGUGCCUUCUUUUGUCAAUUCCACCGCCUUGGGCUUACGAGAAUUGGCAAUUGUCGAGCCUGUCGAUCCGUCCAACACCACGAUUGCUCAGGUCUUAGCACUAUAUCCCGAUGUACCAGCGUUAGGAUCUCCUUUCGAUACUGGAAAUGAAACUUUCGGUUUGGGCUCAGCACAUAAGCAAACCGCAGCUAUCUUUGGAGAUGCAACUUUCCAAGCCAACAGAAGAUACUUCUUACAACAAGCUAAUGCGCACGGAUUAAAUCAAACUUGGACAUAUCAAUUCGAACAGCUUACACCUGGUGCCGCGGGAUAUCUAGGAGUUUACCACGGUAGUGAAAUCCCCUAUGUCUACGGAGCGCCUUUGGCUGGUGCCGGUAACUACACUGCUGGAGAUCUAUCUUUAUCCGUAUCAAUGAUGGACUACUGGUUGAAUUUCGCUUAUUACAACAAUCCUAAUUCACCUGAUGAAUCUUCAUCGUCAUCGUCAAAUUCAACUAAUUGGCCAACUUAUACCAAUGAUAAGAACAUCCUAAGAUUGCUGGCUAACAACGUUACUGUCUUCACUGAUGAUUAUAGAGAAAAACAAAUGGAUUUCUUCUUGAGUCAACCUACUCAAUUCAAUUACAAGAGAGGAUUACCAUUCGGACAGAGGGUCUAA